UUCAACAUGGAGACUGUUGAUAAGCUGGAGGCAAUGUUCCAGAAAUCAGAGGCUGAUAUAGAAUAUGUGGAAAAGCAGCUGAAAUUUGACUUCAUGACCAAUGCUCAAGAGGCUGGCUCAUUCGAGGGAAACCCAGUUCAGUUGUUGGAGAACUUAAGGGUAUUAAAAGCACGGCAUGCAGCCCCGUGUGCACAGGUGGAGGAGAUCGUGGGAGAACAGAAACAUUCUAUGGACUCAAUACAAGCUCACCUGGACACCACAAUUCAGCUGGUUCAACAGCUACAAAACACAUCAGAUACACAGUCUGUGUGUCUUGCAGCACAGAUUGUGUGUGAAGAGGUGACUGAGGGGACAUUUGAGACUUUCCCGCAGAGCAUACGUGGUAACUUGAAGCUGAAUGACCUCAACACGCUCUAUAUGCAGUUAUCAGAGUACAUUGCAGAUAAGAAAAGAGGGCCAUUAUGCACGCAAAGGAUGAAGUUGAACUUGAAAUUCAGUGACUCCGCAUUGAAGACUUUACAGCACCUUAAAAUCAUUGAAUUAGAUAAGGAUUUGAUUCAUUGCUUUAAUGAAACUGAAAAAUCAGGACAAACUGGAGACUGGCUAGUUUUAGGAAUGCAUUUCCCCACCUCAAUAAGUGUAAAGCACAGAGGACUGGCAAAAAAGACACUGUGUCCUUAAACCUCAGUACAUCACUCAAUGAGGAUUGCAUUUAAAAAAAAACAAUGAAAAAAGACAAAUUUGCUUGUAUCAUUGCGAAGCCUUUUAAUGAAUAAACUUAGUAAAUGUUGUUUUUCUUUGUCCCAUGUCUUGUGCAAAAUGUAUUGCUGCUGUAUGAAGUUUGAUCUUGACCUGAUUUAGAAUCCUUAGAUUUAUAGAAAGAGGCAAAA